UCCAUCCCAGCCGUUCCGUCUCGCUAUAUAUGGAAGCAGCUUUGGCACUUCCGGAAGAAACCCUACGAGCGCACGAUCCUCCCCUCCGCCGCCGGCCUUGCUUCUUCCCCAUUCCUGCUCUUCGAGGCGUUUUUUAACUUCACAAUGAAGCUGAUCGCUGCCUACCUGCUCGCUGUUCUGGGUGGAAACACCUCUCCAUCUGCUGAUGACAUUAAGAACAUUCUGGAAUCAGUUGGCGUUGAAGCUAAUGACGAGAGGCUGGAGUUCCUGCUCUCAGAACUGGAGGGCAAGGACAUAACAGAAGUGAUUGCUGCUGGAAGGGAGAAGUUUGCUUCUGUGCCCUCAGGUGGUGGUGGUGGCAUAGCUGUGGCAGCUCCUACAGCUGCAGGUGGCGGUGCAGCACCUGCUGAAGAGGCAAAGAAAGAGGAGAAGGUCGAAGAGAAGGAAGAGUCUGAUGAUGACAUGGGUUUCAGCUUGUUUGACUAAGUACCUUCGGCUGCAUAUUUACCCCCGUUCACCCCAGUAUCUUUCUGCAUUGCUUGCUUUAUCACUAUGUGUGCAAAAAUGAGCAAUGUGAUGGCUCUAUGUGUUUCUGCUAUUUUUUGGUCGAGACUGUAUAUGUCUAGUAUCCUAAGAAGUUUAAUGUAAAAUUUCAGGGAACUGGUCAAAACAUGUAAUGUUUGCUAUCGUGAGUUAGCAUUAUCUACUCUCACCGCAAUGUGCUCUGCUUUUUUUUGUUUUAUUUGGAUGACGCUAAA